CAGUCUCAACAGUUACGGAGAUUGUAGGUUCGAAUUUCCCAUCUCCCAAUAUUCCUCUUAUGAAAAAGUACAAAUUUGGGGAAAAUGACACUAGCUUAGCCCAUCCUAGUGCCCACAAAACACAAGCAAGCAAGCUCAAGCCACACGCCACCAUGCGCACUCUCAAGCUCGCAGCAGCCCCGUUUAGCCGCCAAGAUUGCUCUCUUCUUCUUCUUCUUCUUCACCUACCUUAGCUGCUUUCUCAUUCUAUAAAUACAUAAAUAUAUAUAGUUUUUCUGGAAGCUAUAUAUUUAUUUAGAUAUGGGUUGGAUGGAGAGGAUUUUGCUAGAGGUGAGGCCUUUGUUUCACUUGCUGUUGCCACUUUGUGUCCACUGGAUCGCUGAGGAAAUGACCGUCUCGGUCCUUGUUGAUGUUACUGUUGCUGCUCUUUGCCCGUCGCAGUCAACUUGUUCUCAAGCCAUUUAUAUUAAUGGUAUUCAACAAACGGUUGUUGGACUUUUCAGGGUGGUGAUGCUUCCACUUCUAGGUCAACUGGCAGAUGAGCGGGGGCGUAAGCCGCUGCUGCUUUUGACAGUGUCAACAACCAUAUUUCCUUUCGCAAUACUUGCCUGGAAUCAAUCUAAGGAAUUUGUGUAUGCUUACUAUGUGAUUGGAACCGUUUCAUAUAUUCUAAGUCGGGGGAGUAUUUUCUGCAUCGCUGUUGCUUAUGUGGCAGAUGUUGUCAAUGAGAAUAAGAGGGCUGCAGUGUUUAGUUGGAUCACAGGUCUUUUUUCUGCAUCACAUGUCUUGGGGAAUGUUCUGGCACGCUUUCUUCCCGAGAAGUACAUUUUCUCUGUAUCAAUCGCCCUGUUGAUCUUUUGUCCAGUUUAUAUGCAAAUGUUUUUGACUGAGACAACUAAUAAACGGGCACCUGAAAGUGACCAAGAUUUAUCUUGUCUGACCAAGAUAGUUACUAUUAUCCGUAAACGAUAUGCAUCAAUGAGAGAUGCUGCAACAAUAGUUGUUAGCAGUCCAACACUCAGAAGCAUUUCUUUGGUUUCCUUCUUCUAUCACUUGGGAAUGUCCGGCAUCAGCUCUGUGUUGCUGUACUAUCUGAAAGCAGCUUUUGGUUUUGACAAGAAUCAAUUCUCAGAGAUCCUGAUGAUGGUGGGAAUAGGUUCAAUUUUCUCUCAGAUAUUGGUGCUUCCUUUAGUGAACCCAUUGGUUGGUGAGAAGGUGAUAUUGAGCUCAGCCUUGUUGGGCUCAAUAGCUUAUGCAUUGCUCUAUGGCUUGGCUUGGGCUCCUUGGGUACCCUACUUAAGUGCCUCCUUUGGAGUCAUCUACGUUCUUGUGAAACCUUCUACUUUUGCAAUUAUUUCCAGAGCAACAUGCUCAACCAAUCAGGGAAAAGCACAAGGAUUUAUAGCUGGUGUGCAAUCAAUAUCAACUCUGCUAUCUCCAGUUGCCAUUAGUCCAUUGACAUCAUGGUUUCUAUCUAGCAAUGCCCCUUUCAACUGCAAAGGUUUUAGCAUUAUAUGUGCAUCCAUAUGCAUGAUGGUUGCCUUUUGCAUUGCUUGCAAGCUUAAACCGGUCGAACGCUCUCCAGAGGACAUUGAAACACCACUACUAACUGAUAGUUAAUCCUAUUUCUGCAUCCCAAGCUCUGCAUUGGUGGAAACUUCAUGUACCGAAUCUUCCAAAGGAAAAUAUUAGAUAGAAAUGAUAAAAAUUUAGUGUAGAACCCAUGUAGGUUCCACUCUAUGUGUUGUGUUUAGAAGUCAAGUUAGAUAGAAAUGCUCUCCACCAAAUAGUUUGUGUAGUCCUUGGGCGGAUAUUGUAAAUAUUUUGUUGUUGUGGGGAUAUUGUAAAUAUUUUGCAUCCUUGAGUAAACUGAGUACUUUUUCCCCAAAAA